CGACAGAGUGACUGCCUAGCCAGACUCUCGGCACACUCCAGAGUACCAUGGCCGACUCGCUCGCUGCGCUCCUCGAGCGCUCGCGCCAGCUCCAGACGUCGACCUCGCUCGCCGCCGUCGACCUCCCCACCAUCCAGCUCGGCCUCGACCAGAUCGAGGCCCAGAGCAGGCGUAUCGCCGGCAGGAGCCUCAAGGAGGCCGGCCACACGGGCAACGCCGCCUACCUGCUCGCCUCGGGCGGCGUCAACGCCGACCAGCUGUCGAGCAACAUCAACACGGUCAACCUCGCUGGCACCUUCGAGCCUCUCGUGCCCCUCUCGGACACCGACGUCGAGGGCUAUGUCCGCCACACGCACGAGCAGGCCAUCAUCUCGGCCAUCGAGGAGGGCCGCCGCGCCACGACCGCCGACUUUUACCGCAACCUCGACACCAAGAUGCGCCGCGAGUGGGAGCGCCAGAAGGAGAAGAUGUUCGACGAGCUCGGCCGGCACCAGGCCCAGGCCGGGCCGAGCAACGAGGCGUCGAGGCGUCAGGGCGGCCAGAGCGGCUUUGAGCGUUCGGCACCCGCACCACCUCUUCCUUCCGCCUCUGGCUCCCUCCAGAUGCACUCCAAGAUGCUGCGCUACGACCGUGUCAUCCGGCGCCUCAACGAGUUCCGCAAGGAGGGCUUCGCGUUUGGCCUCGUGUCGGCGCUCGGCGAGGCGAGCGUCGGCUCUUCCUCGGGCGACUCGCGCGCGACCCAGACGACCGAGACGUGGCGCCUCCUGUCGCACCUUGUCCAAGAGCGCGACGUCCUCAACGGCGAGUUCCAGCGCACCGCUCUCCAGGAGCGCCAGUACGCCCAAGCGUACCUCGCCGAGGACCAAGAGCAGCAGGGCGUGGUCGAGCUGAGGAGGAUGAUCGGCGACGGCGCAAAGGGUUACCUCGAGGAGCAGUUCCUCGCCUACGUCGAGAAGACGCUCGCUUCGCGCCCGGCCGAGGCGUCGCUCGGGGGCGUCCCGUCGAUCCAGAACAAGAUCCGCGCGUUCCUCAACGUCAAGUACCAGAAGAACGGCAAGUGGGCCAACUCGGUUCUCGAGAUCGCCAACAACACGCCGGUGUGGGCCCGCAUCUACUACCUCCUGCGCUCGGGUCACGCCAAGGAGGCGCUCGCGUUCGCGACCGAGAACGAGCAGGCGAUCCAGAAGCUCGAGAAGAGCUUCGUCCCGUACUUCAAGGCGUGGCUCGACGCCCCGGACCGCCGCCUGCCCAAGCUCCUUCGCGACCGGUUCCUCGCCGAGUACAACCAGCGCAUCCGGUACCUGACCGACACGAGCGACCCCUACAAGCAUGCCCUGUACAAGCUCGUCGGCCGCGUCGAGAUCUCGCGGCGCAACGUGCCCGGCGUCACGCAGACGACCGAGGACUGGCUCUGGUUCCAGUUGUCGCUCGUGCGCGAGACCGAGGGCCAGGGCGAGGCGCCGCACGAGAAGUACGGCCUGCGCGACCUCGCCGCCGUCCUGCGCAAGUUUGGCGAGGCGCACUUUGUCCCGAAGGGCUCGAGGCCGCUCCUGUACUUCCAGGUCCUCCUUCUCAGUGGCCAGUUCGAGCGCGCCAUCGCGUUCCUCCAGCAGCACUCGCACUACCAGGCCGACGCCGUCCACUUCGCCAUCGCGCUCGCGUACUACGGCCUGCUGCGUGUGCCGCCACGGUCCAAGACCGCCGAGGUCGAGCUGCUCGUCGACGGCAACACGGAUACCCCGUCGCUCUCGUUCGCUCGCCUCCUGCAUCGCUACACGCGCCUGUUCGCCCAGUCGGACGCCGUCGAGGCCCUCCAGUACCUGUACCUCGUGUGCCUCAACGCCGACCUUCCUGCGCCUAGGGGCGACGAGCAGGUCGCCCUCGCGCACGAGUACGUCCGUCAGCUCGUCAUGGACACGCGGCACUACAGCGAGCUCCUCGGCGAUGUCAGGAACGACGGGACCAAGGUGGGGGGCAGGUAUGUUUUUGUCAUCCUCCGCUAG